CCCCCUUAUCGGAGUGAGGAGGUGGUGCCUGCUGCUAGCUAGCCACAUAGCUAGCUCCUCUCACUUCUGGUCUACUGCAGUUUCUGUCUUUUUCUGAUCAACAAUGGUACAACUAGUGGGGUCUCUCCGAAAAGAGCUCGCUGAUUCCUUAUCCGCUUGCCGGGUGCUGGUGGUCGGAGCUGGAGGAAUUGGUUGCGAGCUCUUGAAAAAUCUUGUACUCACCGGCUUCAAAAAUAUAGAAGUGAUUGAUCUGGACACUAUUGAUGUGAGCAACCUGAACAGACAGUUCCUGUUCCAGAAAAAACAUGUGGGGAAGUCCAAGGCGCAGGUGGCCAAAGAGAGUGUGCUGCAAUUCUGUCCCACUGCCAACAUUACAGCCUAUCAUGACAGCAUCAUGAACCCAGAGUACAAUGUGGAAUUCUUCAGGAACUUCAUGCUUGUCAUGAAUGCUUUGGACAAUCGAGCGGCUCGUAACCAUGUGAACAGGAUGUGUCUUGCAGCUGACAUUCCCCUUAUUGAGAGUGGCACAGCUGGCUACCUUGGGCAGGUGACUGUUAUUAAGAAGGGUCUUACUGAGUGUUAUGAGUGCCAGCCCAAACCCACACAGAAAACCUUCCCUGGUUGUACCAUUCGCAACACCCCCUCUGAGCCUAUACACUGCAUUGUGUGGGCCAAGUACCUGUUCAACCAGCUCUUUGGAGAGGAGGAUGCAGAUCAGGAGGUAUCCCCUGACACAGCUGACCCAGAGCUUUCAUGGAACCCUGCAGACACUGAAGCCCGGGCCACAGCAUCUGAUCAGGAUGGAGACAUCAAGCGGGUGUCCACCAAGGACUGGGCACGAUCCACAGGCUACGACGCAGUCAAACUCUUCAACAAGCUUUUCAAAGAUGACAUACAGUACCUCCUGACCAUGGACAAGCUGUGGAAGAAGAGGAAAGCGCCACUCCCUCUGGAUUGGCUUGAGAUUCAGAAACUUGCGUGUCCCCAGGAGGUGACUGGGACGGGACUGAAGGACCAGCAGGUGUUGGGUGUGGCAGGUUACUCCCAGCUCUUCUCCCGCAGCGUGGAAACUCUGCGCUCCAUGCUGGCUGACAAAGGGGAUGGAGCAGAACUUGUGUGGGACAAGGAUGACCCUCCAGCGAUGGACUUUGUGACAGCAGCCGCCAACUUGCGCAUGCAUAUCUUUAGCAUGAACAUGAAGAGCCGUUUUGAUAUCAAGUCCAUGGCAGGGAACAUCAUCCCAGCAAUCGCCACAACCAAUGCAGUCAUUGCUGGCCUCAUUGUGCUGGAGGCUCUGAAGAUCCUGUCUGGAGAUGUGGAGCAGUGUCGCACGAUCUUCCUGAACAAGCAGCCUAACCCCAGGAAAAAGCUGCUUGUUCCAUGUGCUUUGGACCCACCCAGUGCCAACUGUUAUGUGUGUGCCAGCAAGCCAGAGGUUACAGUCAAACUGAAUGUGCACAAAACUCUUGUGCUGGCCCUUCAAGACAAGAUAUUAAAGGAGAAGUUUGGGAUGGUGGCGCCAGAUGUGCAGAUCGAGGAUGGGAAAGGGACAAUCCUCAUCUCCUCUGAGGAGGGUGAAACUGAAGCAAACAACAGCAAGUUUCUGUCUGACUUUGGGAUACGACAUGGUAGCCGUCUGCAAGUGGAUGACUUUCUGCAGGAUUACACACUCCUGGUUAACGUGAUUCACUGUGAGGACUUGGAGAAGGAUGUGGAGUUUGAGGUGGUGGGUGACGCCCCUGACAAGGCCCCAACCCCACCCAGCGCACAAGAGGACAAGAAUUUUGCRAACGGCAACAAAGACUCUGCAGAACCGUCCACCUCUUCCAAAGCCCCUGCUGAGCAGGAUGAUGUUCUGAUAGUUGAUUCGGACGAGGAGGAGCCGUCCUCCAGCACUAUGGAUGUCCGCAUGGAGUCAGGAGGCCACAAGAGGAAGCUCCAUGAUGCUGAGACAGGCGAGGCUUCAGCCAAGCGCCAACGCCUGGAUCAGCCUUCGGCUGCCGAUGAGGACGAUGAUGACAUCAUUGCACUAGACUAGUAUGUCUCUCCUGGCCCCUCCCCUUUUCAGAAGGAUGAAACUCUGUGUUUGUGUUUUCAUACGCUGUUCCUCUUACCAAACAUGUGUAAAUAUAAAUGUACAAAAACUGUUAAGUGUGCCAGUUUUUUUAUUUUGGUCCAUCACAGAUUGAUAAAAUACUUUUAGCUUUUUGUAUUUUUUAUAAUGUAUUUGUCAUGUCACGGUUUGUAGGGAGACUGAAAGAAACAUUUAAUAGCAAAUGUUUUUUCAGCGUAUUUCAUCCAGUAAACUUACACCUCCAUUGAAGGAAUGGGGGGAAAAAGUUAUCAAACCCAAUCAUUUCUUUGAGUCAAGCAUUGAUUGAAUUUUCUUUGUAAUUGUUAACCAUUGACCACUUGCAGGGUGAGUUGCUUUGUCACAGCUGGUUAAAAAAGAAAUUGUACUGGAGUUUGUUACUUUAUUUAUAAAUCUUUCAUGUGGUUUAUAGUUGGAGCCAUCAUAUCCAGGCCUCAACCUCCUUUUGGACCAAAUAGAUAACGACACAAUAAACACUUACACAUCUAAUGACCCCAAACUUGUUUUCUUAAGCUUUAGCAUACACAUUAUUACUGGUAUACAGUAUUUGUUUGGAACAUCAGUACUUUGGCUUGUUUUUACUGGACACACCAUCAAAUUUCAAUUUGCUAACUUAUUUGUGGUGCUUUUUGGGGGAGGGGACUAUAAAGCCCUUUCAUUGCUUGGUUUUGGUUUGACAAUAAAUUAUCUGUUUUUGCCACA